AUCCAAAUAUGAUCCAAGUAGGACCCCAAAUUAGAUAAGGUAUAUGAAACAAGAUCUACCCCAUUGGAGAACCAUCCACCUCAACCAGAAUUAUAUUAUUGUAAGAGAGAGAAAUUAACACCACCACCAUUUUUGUUAGUUACUAGAGAGAGAUAGAGAGAUAUGGCUCAAGCUAUGGCUUCAAUGGCUGGCUUACGUGGCUCAUCUCAAGCUGUUUUAGAAGGAAGUCUUCAGAUUAGUGGCUCUAGUCGGCUUAGUGGACCAACUCCCUCCCGUGUUGGGCUUCCUAAGUUAGGCUUAAAUGUCCGGGCUCAGCAAGUUUCAGCUGAGACUAAUGAGACCAGCCGUCGAGCUGCUUUGGGCCUUGUUGCUGCUGGGCUUGCGUCUGGCUCAAUUGUUAAGGCCGUCCUUGCUGACGCUAGAUCCAUCGCCAUUGGCCCACCCCCACCACCGUCCGGUGGUCUUCCUGGGACAUUGAACUCAGACCAAGCAAGAGAUGGUAGUUUGCCCUACACCAAGGACAGGUUUUACCUUCAACCCUUGUCUCCAACAGAAGCAGCCCAAAGAGCAAAGGAUUCAGCCAAAGAAAUCUUGAAUGUCAAGAGUUUAAUCGACAAGAAGGCAUGGCCGUACGUGCAAAAUGACCUUCGUCUAAGGGCCGAGUACCUUCGCUUUGACCUUAAAACAGUCAUCUCUGCUAAACCUAAAGAUGAGAAGAAAUCUCUCCAAGUCCUCACUAAUAAGCUCUUCGAUGAUAUCAACAAUUUGGACCAUGCAGCAAAAAUUAAAAGCUCUCCUGAAGCAGAGAAGUACUACGCACAAACUGUGUCCAGCCUCAAUGAUGUUCUUUCCAAGCUUGCUUAAUUGUAUAAUCGUUUUCUUUUUUUUGAUAAGAUAAUGUAUGAUAAAGAAUUUAUUAUAUAUAAGCUCUAUAUUUCGGAGA